CGAGUGCAGACGAAGGGUAGGGUAUGUCUCUGACGUCACAUACUACUGUAAAGGCUAGAAGUUGAAAAGACGUGUUUUCUUUCUCGGGACAACUGUUGAUAUACGACAGAUAAAGCUCCCCGUUCCGUAAAUCGCCGAAUAAUGUAGAUCCCGAGAAGAGGUUACAUAAGCUGGGACUUCAUAUUGGCAGGUUCAGCCUGCAACGCUAUCCGUCUACACUCGUGUAUCGAAACUAAGGCUUAUCGUGGAUGGUGCGCCAGCCCAUAGAAGCCUGUAUUAGCUCUUGCUCUGUAGCUUUCAAAACAAACUUGGCCCACUGUGCAGUCAUAUUACUCUCCUUGGAACAGCGACAAUUCAUCUCAGGAUUUUUUCGGAUUGUGCAUGUAUGUGAGGUUCGGGAACGUUUCCGGGGUUAAGCGUGGCAGCUUGAUGGUAGCGAUCUGAGAGCUACUUUGGUCUGGCCCAUCACGCGGCGACGGUACAAGCUAAUCAUUAUGAGAGAGCUAAUGCCUGGCAGUGGACGUGCCCUGGUCUCUGUGUGUGCUCAGGUGUGGGUACUGACCGGUGUCUUUGUGUUUCAUCCAGUGGGGGCUGUGACAGGGAAGCUACCGGACGAACAGAGGCUCCUGCGAAGGUUGUUCAACCCUCGGGUGUAUGACACCAGCGUCCGUCCCGUCUUCAACUCCUCCGAAAAUGUGGAAGUGUUUUUCAACUUUAAUCUCAUCCAGAUCAUGGACAUGGAUGAGAAGAACCAGAUCUUGACACUCAAUGCCUGGUUGGAAUCGAACUGGAAAGACGAGCGGAUAGAUUGGGAUCCUGAAGAUUUCGGAGGCUUAAAAAUGUUCAGGCUUCCGUCGAAGAAACUUUGGCUCCCUGACAUAGUGCUUUACAAUAAUGCUGAUGACUACACGACAGGGUUCAUGCCUUGUAAUGCUAUGGUCGACAAUAAAGGAGGAGUGCUGUGGUCACCCCCAGCUAGAUUGCGGAGUUCCUGCAAGAUCGACAUCAGAUACUUCCCGUUUGACAGUCAACGUUGCACUCUCAAGUUCGGCUCUUGGACAUACGACAAGGCUCAGGUGGACCUAAUCAACCGAUCGGAACUUGCUGACAUUUCAAACUACAUAACAAAUGGCGAGUGGCGUUUAACUGCUUACGAAGUGGUCCGCCAUGAAGUUGUGUACCCAAUCGGGGAUGCUGUUUACCCGGAUGUUACAAUUACCUUGGUAAUUCAUCGUCGUAUCCUGUAUUAUGUCCUCAACAUCUUGUUUCCUUGUUUCUGGCUGAAUAUCUUGAGCGUCCUGACUUUUUGUCUGCCUCCUGAUGCCGGAGAGAAGAUUACACUCAGUAUUACAGUGCUACUGUCCUACUCGGUGUUCAUGCUGUUGGUGGCAGACAGCAUGCCGCCCACAUCCGACUAUGUUCCUCUGAUUGAGAUCUACCUAACCAUGUCAAUGGCUGUGGCAUCAGUGUCUGUAAUCUUGACUGUCUUUAUAUUAAAACUUCACCACUGUCCUCCAAGCCAGGCGGAGGUUCCUAACUGGGUGCGAUUUCUUGUCCUCAAGCUGCUGGCAUCUAUAGUACGAUGUAGCUGUGUCACAAACCCCAAUGUUGAUCAAAGCAGGCCAUUCAUAGUAGUCACGCCUACCAAAGAUACAGAACCUUCAGAUGCCUGUUCACGCCUUCUUGGUGAUCACUGCUUAGUUCCAAAGUCAAAUCAUCCACAAGAAAUGGGAUCAAGAUCCGAUGAUAAUCUCAGUGUUGAAUUUCGAUCGUCUACAAGACGUAGUUUUUCCAAUAAGGAUUCGAGCUCGGACGUUCGGAUGCAUCUGUACGAGCGGUCAGGAACAGGGAUGGAGGAGCUUCUGAGGUACCUCAAGUUGAUUGUGGAGAAGAACGAUGACGAGGAUAGAGCUAAUGAAAUGAAUGAUGAAUGGAAACAGGUGGCGCUUGUGGUCGAUAGACUCAUGUUCUGGUUGUUCAUGUUUAUCACCCUUUUCUCAACACUCGUGGUUCUUGUUAUCGUCCCAGCCGUUAAAUAUGCAGAGGAUGAAGGGAAAUAACAACAUAGGUACAUGUCUUUCUGGCAGUCUAUUACAGCAAUAUGAACCUAAAGAUUGUUACCUGUACAUGUAUUGUCAUCUGAUGUGCUCAAUUGGAAUGUAUCAUAUUUUACUGUAGGCUUACUGUGAUGAUUAAGGGGUUCAAUGAAAGUUCAUUUGCUAACGUCUAGUGUACUGAUGUGAUCAUACAACGUAUAGACUGUAUGAAAGCAGACGCACCGAUUUUAACUUCAUGUUCUUGAUAUGUAUACGAAAUAUCAUAAAAGUCACAAUUCGAAAACUAUUUACACAUUUAUACUCAUAGUAACAUUUUGCUUUACCUGCAUGAAUGUUACUAGACUGUGUUCAGGCAACGGAAUAGUAAGCAUAGAAACGUUUCAUUUAGCAAUGGUGUAUAAAAACGAAACAAAUGAUUAUAUAUAGUGUAUUUUUAGAAGCUUUACAAAUCCAUCAUACCCGUGUGUAGGUAUUAUGGCGCCUCUUAUGCCGUACGUACCAAGUGUAAAUACAUUAAAACAAUAAAACUAACAAUAAAAAUAA